AUGGAGGACAUCCAGCAACCGAAUGAGGUCACGUACAUCGACAUCACGGUCGAAGACGAGGAUGACAAGAUCCUGUACAUGAUCAAGCCCACCACGAAGCUCAAGCAUCUCAUGGCGGCCUUCUGCAGGCGUCGGAACAAGGCGGUGUCGCGCUGCCAAUUGUGGUUCGAAGGGAAAGUCGUGGACCUGAAGACCUCGUCGGCCGCGGUGGGCAUCAAGGAGGGUGGAGAACUCUGGUGCGAAGGCCCGUAUGUGGCGGAUGGCGAUGAAGACGGGGAGAUGGCGGACGAGGAGGCUGAGCAGGAUGAGGACGAGGAGGAGGAGGACGACGAUGUGAAUGAGAUCACGGAGCGCUUCUCCGGGGUGAUGUGA